UGGCAUUCGUGAGUGUGACGUUUUCGCGGCCCCGAAAACUCGCUCCAGCUUUUCAUCGAAUGUCCGAAUUAGUCUGAUUGUUCCAAGAUCAUUAAAAAUUCAUCGGGGAUAUGAUCAAUCCUGUUCGACCUCGUCUCGUGACCUUCGACGUGACCGGUACGUUGCUGAUGACCAAGCUCGAGCACUACAUCGAGAUCGGCUCCCAGCACGGCUUACUUGUCGAGCCGCGGAAAUUGGCGCAAAGUUUCAAGACAAACUUCGUGCAGCUCAGCAAGGAGCACCCGAUAUACGGCAAGCACACUGGAUUGGGAUGGAGAAACUGGUGGAAAACAAUCGUCCAUAAUGUGUUUAGAGAGCAGCAUGCCUCCGUGUCGACAGACACGUUGGACAAGGUUGCUGACAAUCUGAUAAGUUGCUAUGGCACAAGCAAAUGUUGGUAUAAGUAUCCUGGUACCAUUGAGUUACUUGAUUCUUUGCAGAAAAGGAAUGUUAUUUUGGGAGUCAUCUCGAAUUUUGAUCAACGAUUAGAAUCAAUUCUCGAAGAAGUUCAAAUUCGUCAGUACUUUGCCUUUGUUUUGACUUCGUAUGACUUUGGAAUGGAAAAGCCGAGUUUAUCGAUAUUUGAGGAAGCAUUGAGAUUGGUGAAACAUUUUCGAGAAGAAGAAAUAUUACCUGAAGAAGCAAUACACAUUGGUGACAGGGUGGACAACGAUUAUUUCGGAGCAAAAAGCGCCGGUUGGAAUGCCUUAUUAAUAAAGCAUGAUAACGAGAUUAAUGAGAGUAAAGUGCCAAGAAAAGAUGUUUUUAAAAGUUUGGAUGAACUUCAAAGACACUUUGAGAAUAUUUAGAACGAAUUACAUAACAGUGAUAAUUAUUUAUUAUUCAAUAUUUUAGAUUUGGUAAUAGAAUUUAUGUUUAAUAGUCAUUUUUAUUUUGAACACUUGUGUCAAAGAUAGUCUAAAAAAAGUAAGUUAAAUAUGCAAAUUUAAUUAUUUUUUCAACAUUUAUGUAUUUAUAAAUUUAUGCAAUUUAA